AUGCAAAUAAGUGACGCCAUGAGCACUAGCAACAGCCACAUGGGCCAAAUGAUGGACGGACCCAGCUGGUCGAGCCCCUCGGUUAGUCCAUCGCCUCCGCCUCCACCGCUACCGCCUCCAGUGGCGGCUCGUUGGGCUCGUACGGAACAAGCUAGCAACGAAUGCUGUCCGCAUUGCAGAGGAAGAAUGACAUCACUUCCUACUAGGACUACGUCACUAAACAGCUACAGUUACAAAGAUCUAUACUGUCGUCAUGAUGUUGAGAUGACCCCACUUUGGGAUCUAAAGUGCUUGGUAGGCGCUUUUCUAGCCCUUUCAAUCGCUACCCCAGUCCCAGAGGCUAAUCCGGAACCAAAACCUGAAGCCAAACCAGUAGCUAACCCUCAAUACUUAGCUGCCUAUGCUGCUCCUGCUGUUGCUUACACAUCUGCCUAUUCAGCUGCUCCUCUAGCGUAUUCCAGCUAUGUAGCGCCUUCUGUUUAUGCUGGUGCUUACCCAUACUAUUCUCCGUAUGCUGCUUCAUACGUUGUAGUUUAG